AUGGCGAGUGUCCAGGGCAUGCCUUUCACGCCCAGCGGGCUGCCCUCCUCGGCGAACAAAGAGAAGGGCGCCUUCUGCUUGGAGGCGGGGUCGUCCGACUUCUUUGAUGAAUACGUCGACCUGGACGAGUCAGACGCCGGGUCUGCCUCUGGAGGGGCUGGCGGCCUUGGCCGGUUCUACGGUGCUUCAAAAUAUUGCAUGUCGCCACAGUUUUCAUUUGUUGGCCAGAUGCUGGCCUUCGAUGGAGCUCAGGAAGCUGGAGCUCAAGGCCACUUGUUCUCGGCAGAGAACAUCAACUGCAGUGGUCCCCCUUCCAACUCGGCAGCGAGACCCUCCCCACAGCGACCUCAACAAGCACACCCUCUCCACCGAACCACGUCCGACAUGGCGGCCUUAAGCAAUCCCAACAUCGAGAUCCACGGGCUGCCCUACCACAGCUUCAGCGAGGCGUGCGGCGGCGGCUCCAUCUCAGAUUCGGAGCUGGUCAAGCUUGAGGGCCUGACAAUGCGGUCCCGCAUCCACCUCCCGCAGCUGUCCGCGCCGGAGCCCGCGUCACCACUGCCCAAGUCUACGAGCCCUCGCAAGGCCGGCCGGCUGAAAUCGGCCUGCAAUAGGAUCCGUGACGUGAUGACGCUGCAUGGGAAGUUGCCGUCGCCGCCGCUCACCAGCGGCUUGCCGCACGACACGCAACAACCAGGUGAUGGCGGCGGUGCGGCCAUCGUCAGCGGGUUGCUGGAAGCUCUUUACAUGGCUGAGGGGCUCGCCCACGGCCAGUUUGUACGACUCGCGCAAUUGAGCGGCGGCGCCAUGCCACAGACGCCGGUGUCGACACCCCUUAUGAACAGCUGGCAGCUGCCCAUGUCGACGUCGGACGGAAAGACGCUCUGGGCAGCAAACCCUUACCUCCCUGGCGUCAAUGGAGACAUUGGGAAUUCUAUAUGGGACUCCUCCAUGUACCCGAUGGACACCAACGUCCUCGGCCCGUACCACGCCGUCAACGGCUUCAACGCCUCCUACAAUAUGAGCACGCAGCUGCAGCACCAGCCGAGCUACGAGUACCCCUUGCCGCCGGGAGCUGCCGACACCAACGCCGGCUUCACCACCAACGGUCAGAUGAUCCAUAUGCCGCAGCCACAGGGUGUUUCGCCGGCCGUCUUGCACAGCGACACAACCUCCCACCGCCCAACCCGCGCAGACCACCACCGCCGCCCCAAACCCCGAGCGCCCUCCGCGGGCGCCCGGCAUCUGCAGUACGGCCCGGGCCUAUCCCCUCACAAAGGCCGUACGGCAAGCGGCAGCGGCAGCACCAACGCCAACCGCAUUGCGUCCGUGUCUCCGUCGCCCAAGCCGGCGACGGGGGCAGCGGCGUCCCUCCACCGCCGCAGCGCGUCCCUGCAGACCCUCAAUCAGCCGCCCUGCUGCCUCCCCACCGACGGCCCGGCCUCGUCCGCCGCAAUCCGCAAACGCCGCAGCUGGACCGGCCGCCGCACCUCGUCCUCGUCCUCCUCCCUCCACCACCAGUACCGCACCUUCGCCGUGACCGCGGCGCGGGCCGCA